AUGGCAUCACAGAUGGGCAAGGAAGGUGCUUUUCAAGCGCCUCAGGCACCACAAAGUCAGAAGAAACCAGGACUUGAAAAGGAUAUGGUCCCGCCCAGCGAAGCGACGAAACUGGAGUCAAGAGGUCACUUUGUUGAGUAUGUAGGCUCUGGCAAAUUGAAGGACAAGAAGGUCCUCAUCACCGGCGGAGACUCCGGAAUUGGCCGAGCUGUUGCCAUUCUGAUGGCACGCGAAGGGGCAGAUAUCACUAUUGUCCAUCUUCCCGAAGAAAAAGAUGACGCUGAAGAGACCAAAAGAGCCAUUGAACUCGAGAAGAGGUCAUGUCUACUCGUCGCUGGAGACCUCAGGGAUCACCAUACGUGUCGAAGGGCCGUGGAGGAACAUAUGAACAAGUUCCAGAGACUGAACGUCCUGGUCAACAAUGCCUCAAAACAGUAUAUGAAUAAGAACUUCGCGGAUAUCGACCUGAACAAGGUAGAGGAUAUCUUCCGGACCAACAUCAUCCAGAUGAUGGCUCUGACGAAAUAUGCUUUGCCAUUCCUGUCAAAGGGCGACUCCAUCAUAAACACCACAUCUGUCGUGACCUUCCGAGGUUCAAGCAGUAUGGUGGACUAUGCGGCCACGAAAGGUGCCAUUGUCGGGUUCACCAGAUCUCUAGCGUMUCAGUUGCUUCCCAAGGGUAUUCGAGUGAAUGCUGUUGCCCCUGGUGCUAUCUACACCCCGAUCCAGGCCGACACUAGGGACGCUGAACAGAUGGCCAACUGGGGCUCAAAGACUCCCCUGGGUCGACCGGUGCGCCUUUUGCUUGUGUCUCAGGUUUUGGAUGAGGACGAGCCAACUGAGAAUUGUGCAGACGGGCAGGUCAUGCAUUGCUAUCCCUUGGGUGAUUAA